GAGCCAUUCCUCUUUUUUUUUUAAUCUGUUUCCCACAGGAGUUUGACAAUUAUGCUGAAUGGGACUUAAGAGACAUAGACUUUGUAGAGGAUGACUCAGACCUUUUACACGCUUUGAAGAUUGCAGUCGUAGAUAUCUAUCACUCUCGGUUAAAGGAAAGACAAAGACGGAAAAAAAUCAUAAAAGACCACGGACUAAUCAAUCUCAGAAAAUUUCAGAUUCUGGAAAGAAGAUACCCCAAGAAAAUUCAAGAUCUCUAUGACAGCAUGAGGCGCUUUGCGAGAAUAUUAGGACCAACGGAACACGAUAAAUUCAUAGAGAGCCAUGCCCCGUGGCGUUUGGAAGAGAUCGACCUGGCAACUUUCCAAGCCUGA